AUGGAAGAGAAUAACGAAAACCUAGUGUUGGUUCAAAGACCGAAUAGAGGAGAGCUUUUGACAUAUCGAGCUCAAGAAGCACCUCCCGACCAACAUACAGGAGAAACCCUGCCUCCAGAUGAUCUUGAGAAAUUUCCUCUCCUUCCUCGAAAGAAAUUAAGGGCACUUGUGUCCUUGUAUCACCAAAGCUCUACCUUCAUCACACCAGAAACACUUGACCGCCAUAUCGAGAAGGAGUUUGCCCUCGACCCGAGACGACCAGUACAUCUAGACCAAGCUUUACUAAAGAAAGAAGCC